AUGACGCCUACGAGCCAUUUCCAGCUGGUCGUGGCGCAAUCCUCAACAGUGUAUCACCACACCCACGGCCCAAUUGACGAGACCUACGAAGUUCACGACCCAUCAAAGUUUACGACCGUUCCACGGCAACGCCAGCAGCAGGCUGCUGCUCCUAAUCCUGCGCUUGAUUCUUUCCUAGAUCCAUUAGCCCGCCCCUCGAGUGGUUCGGGAAGUCCCCGUUCGUUACGCAGAACACCUCGUCUCAAUCACCGACGAGCUGCUUCAGUAGAUGUUUCGGGACGAUACCACCAAAUAGAGCAGUCGAUUCCUGUCUUGGUACAACCUGCCUCCGGCCAAGACCGCGCCCAGAACCCUACUCUACGUCCUGCGAUCUCGGAAGCACGAACUGACGACGCGGAAGAGUACGAUUCUGAAGCCUACGAAGAGCGUUCCAGACGAGCCGGCGAAUCCUUUUGGCCUCGUCGGUCGGCCCGCGUCUCUCCACGAACGGCCUCUGCGAUCCUCUGGACUCUCGAAGAAGCGAUUCGCAAACCCUUCCCUUUCACCACAGAUUGGGAGGAAGUGAACGCGUCGAUGGCUGAUCUUGCGGGUGCCCCGGUCUCGUCCGGACCUGCAGUUAGCGGCCGUACUCAGAAUGGCGCCACGCGCACCGCUCAAGGACCAGUUCCGGUCAACCCUCAUCCCCCAAGCGGUGUUCGGACACCAACCGAUAUAAUGAGACAGCGUCGGGAUCGUGAGGCCCGGAAGAAGGCAGAACAAGAGGCAAGGGCUCGGGAGCAGGAGGAAGCGGAGCGCAGGCAUCAGGAGGACCAAGCCAGACAGGCACAACAGACUCAGCCUUACGCUGCUGGCGUUGCCGGUGAAAAGCCCGGACAGCGGGGUGCAGCUCCCAGAACGACCGCAGCGCCCGGUAUGACAACCAAUACUUCUGGAAUGGCCCGCCGCGCCGACUCCCACAUACCCAGACAACCUGUACCUCCCACCCAGCAAGUUCCUGGUGCUCAACAACCGGCUGCUGCGAAAGCUGCUGCUCCGCCCAGUACAUUCGCCAAACCACAGGGACAGGCACCUCCGGCUAGCCAACCGGACACUGUACAAAAUCAGCAACAACCACGUCGGGUCGGAUUUCCUCAUGCUUUUGAGCGGUGGGAAACCUUGUCUUCGCACUGGGAGGGUCUGACAAGCUACUGGAUUCGGAAGCUCGAGCAAAACAACGAAGCGUUGGAGCGCGACCCCCUCAGCCAGCAGAUGGCCCGUCAGGUCACCGAUCUCUCCGCGGCUGGUGCCAACCUCUUCCAUGCGGUUGUGGAACUGCAGCGCUUGCGUGCGUCGUCGGAAAGGAAAUUCCAACGCUGGUUCUUCGACACGCGCGCGGAACAGGAGAGAGCCAAGGAGCUACAAGCCGAGCUCGAGAAGCAGCUCAAGAACGAGCGGCAAGCCCGCGCCGAAGCCGUCGCCUCUCUACAAAAGGCCGAGAUCGAUAAGACUCGCGCUGAGGAGUUGCUCAGGGAAAUGCGACGGGAGCUGCAGAUUUCCAAGGAAGAAGCUCGCCGAGCUUGGGAGGAACUGGGCCGCCGUGAGCAGGAAGAACGUGACCGCACCAAUUCGCUCAGAAACGGAGAGCCGACGCUUGUGGGAGGCGUGCAAGUUGUUCCUAUGAUUCAAGGCCUUUCCAGUCGACAGACCGCCAUGAGCCGCACUUCUGCUCGGGAAAGCCCAUACUCUACCGGCGAAAAUCUCGGGAAAUCCGAGGGCCAGUACUACGACGACGCGCCCGUGUCUCCAGUUGAGACCGACCCAUUCACCGAAGGAAAGGAUCUUGCUCCUCGCCAACCUGCAACCACAGCAGCAGACUCACAGGAGCCGUACGCCAGCCACUACUAUCCGCAGCAAGGAUCAAAUAUGUAUGGAGGCCGACCAGCUUCUGCGAAUGAUGAUCGCUCGUACGACCCUAGUGUUGCAAGCAGCGAGCAAGGAGACGAAGAAUAUGGCAGCUAUCGUCGCGCUCAAGGCCGUCCGAUCGAGUAUCCUCCUGCCAUGUCCGAAGAGAGCGAGGAGUACGAGCAUGGACCUCACGAGGAGAGCUAUGCAUCGAGCUCCCUCCCAGCAUCAUCGGCGCCUCUAUACACACCAACCACUGUCGAUUACACCGGUUCCGGUUGGGGUGUCGGAGCGGGUUGGGAAUCGAUGACUCCUCGUCAUCGCCAUCCCACGCGCCUCAGCGAUGUUCUUGAAGAGGAUGAACCACGGACCACACCUAGUCGAGCCAGUCGGGCCAGUCGGGCCAGCCAGGCUAGUCGGAGUGUACAGUGA